AUGAAUUCGAUUCGCCAGGUACAAGCACUCAACAAGCGCGAGCUUGAAAAUGCAGUACCUCCAGAAGCUUCGUGGCACGCAGACUACCGGGAUACGGCGUACAUUUACAUUGGUGGCCUGCCCUUUGACCUGUCCGAAGGCGACAUUGUGACCAUCUUUUCUCAGUACGGCGAACCAGUUCACGUCAAUCUUGUUCGCGACAAGGAGACAGGGAAGAGUCGAGGCUUCGCCUUUCUAAAGUACGAGGACCAGCGAAGUACGGAUCUUGCAGUCGAUAAUCUGGGUGGCGCUACAGUGCUGGGACGGAUAUUGCGCGUGGACCAUGUGAGAUACAAAAGACGCGACGAUGAAGGGGAGGAAAACAAUAUCGCACAGGUUAUGGGAGAGAUGGCGGCGGAGAAUCCACGAGAGCGCGAUCGAGACGGGGAAAAGAGGCAUCACAGGCGGCGCGAAACCCGUGACACAGACGACGAUUCGACCCGGCGGCCUUUGCUCAAGGAAGAGCGAGAACUCGAAGCCCUGAUGCGAGAUCAUGACGAAGAGGAUCCGAUGAAAGAGUAUCUGAUCCAAGAGAAGAAAGAGGAGGUUGCUCGUGCUCUGGAGAAGCUCAAAGAUACUGAUAAACGGUCUUCCCGGAGACGAGACGACAGCCGGGAGCGAGCCAGCCGGCAUCACCAUCAUCGUGAUAAUGAUCGUGAUCGCGAUCGGAGAAGGCAAAGCCGGGAGAGGUUGCCUUCGAGGGAAAGGAGAUCCUACCGGGAGACUUCUUCGUCAAGGAAAGAGAAAUCUUACAGGGACCGAUCGCGGACACCCGAACGGCGAAGACAUCGUGAUCGGAGCGGCCGGGAUCGUUGA